CAAGAACCGUUUCAACUGCCGCGCGCUCUCCGGUAUCACAGUGAGAAACGUUUUGUACCUCCCGCGUGUGUUUGAGUGACUAUGCCUUCAUGUUGUUAUACUCGUGCUAAAAACAGUUUGGUGCUCGUGCUGUCGGUUAGAUUAUGAGGAAUCCAGACAGUGCUAUGUAUUUGCAUUUACCGUGCACCUCGAGCUUGCAGUUUAUUGAACUGUGGCGAAAACAGCUGGAGCGCUGUCCAAGGUGCUGAAGUCAAGAGUCGGUGCGUGCCACCGGAGAGAGGUAAGCAGAGGCGUCCCCGGGUUUGUGUCCGCGCAACUCCGGAGCUAAAAUGACACGAAAACUACUGGAUUCUGUGGCGGUGUGGGGAUUCCUCGCGUGGGAACUAGCAAUGCUGCUUAGCCUGGUGGCGUCUAAGGAACCGGACCAUGCCAGACGGGCAGUGCCCAUGUCGCCCUCAGACUUCCUGGACAAGCUGAUGGGCAGAACCUCCGGAUAUGACGCCCGUAUCCGCCCAAACUUUAAAGGUCCUCCUGUAAAUGUCUCCUGUAAUAUCUUCAUCAACUCUUUUGGCUCCAUUGCUGAAACCACCAUGGACUACCGUGUGAACAUCUUCCUGCGUCAGCAGUGGAACGACCCCCGCCUGGCCUACAGUGAGUACCCUGAUGACAGCCUGGAUCUGGACCCCUCCAUGUUGGACUCCAUCUGGAAACCAGAUCUGUUCUUUGCCAACGAGAAGGGGGCUCACUUCCACGAGGUCACCACGGACAACAAGCUGCUGCGCAUCUUCAAGAACGGCAACGUCCUUUACUCUAUCAGAUUGACGCUAACCCUCUCCUGUCCAAUGGACCUGAAGAACUUUCCCAUGGACGUUCAAACCUGCAUCAUGCAGCUGGAGAGCUUUGGCUACACUAUGAACGACCUGAUCUUUGAGUGGCAGGAGAACGGACCAGUCCAGGUGGCCGAUGGGCUGACCCUCCCACAGUUCCUUCUCAAGGAUGAAUCAGAUCUCAGAUACUGCACCAAGCACUACAACACAGGUAAGUUCACCUGUAUCGAGGUGCGUUUUCACCUGGAGCGUCAGAUGGGCUACUACCUGAUCCAGAUGUACAUCCCCUCCCUCCUCAUCGUCAUCCUCUCCUGGGUCUCCUUCUGGAUCAACAUGGAUGCCGCGCCCGCCCGCGUUGCCCUGGGCAUCACCACGGUGCUCACCAUGACAACACAGAGCUCCGGCUCCAGGACCUCCCUUCCCAAGGUGUCCUAUGUGAAGGCUAUAGAUAUAUGGAUGGCUGUGUGUCUCCUGUUUGUCUUUUCCGCUCUGCUGGAGUACGCCGCCGUCAACUUCGUCUCCCGGCAACACAAGGAGCUGCUGAGGUUCCGUCGGAGGAGGAAGAAGACCAAGGGUUGUGGAGGAGGUUCUGGAGGGCCGGUGGACCCCUGUGAGCUGGCUGAGUCCCUCCGUCGUAUUAAUGGCCUCAGGAACCCAGAACCCCUCUAUGGUUCUAUGGGGAACAUCUAUGGUUCAUCCUACAUCCGGGAGGAGGACGUGCGUGAGAGUCGAUUAAGCUUCACUGCCAUGGCAACCUCGGGCUCCGCCCCCGGCAAAGAGGGCGCUAUCGCCAAGACGACCUCUAACAAUGCCGCCACCCCUGCGGGACCCACGGCAACCGGUGCGGGGCCCACGGCAACCGGAGGAGGGGGCGGGACCGUCCCCGGGUCCAAGUCCCACGAAGAGAUGAGGAAGCUGUUCAUCGACCGAGCCAAGAAGAUCGACACCGUCUCCAGAGCUGGAUUCCCACUGGCCUUCCUGUUCUUCAACAUCUUCUACUGGGUCCUCUACAAAAUACUGAGACAUGAAGACUUCAACAAACCCUAGACAACAGCAGGAGAAGGGGAGGAUGGGGAGGUAGAGAGAGGAGAUGAAAGAGGAGAUGAGAGACACUAGGAGACUAUCUAGGUAGGGUGAGGAGGAGGUUGGGGGAAGAAACAAAGGACAGAAUCUGAAACAGUCCCAUGACCCACGUUUGCCCUCCUCCCUUUUCAGCCCACACACAAACAUACACACAUAUUUUCUCUGCAACUCAGCAGAUGUUUUGUCAGACUCUCUGG